AUGGCUCUUCCAAAGCUGGCAAUGCAGCAGGAGCCCUCUUUGUUUGGGGAAUUGGAUGAUCCGGAAUGGAUCACCCUCUACCCGGAGCAGGACGAAAGCAGGGAUCUCUUGCAGCGCGGCGGCAACAUUCCCGCCAAAUUUUCGAGCGGCGGCGGCGAGAUGGUGGUGGUGGCGCCGCCAUCGUGCUCCGCCGGAGCCGGCGGCGAGAGGAGGAUUCUCAAGAGGUUGGGUAAGAGAAAGAGCUCCUCCGUCGUCGUGUCGGACGAGAGCGAGGAUUUCAUCGUGAGGAAGCAUCACGAUUCCCUCCGGCAGCGGAAGAAGGUGUUCGUGGGCGAUCUGGAGAGGAAGCUGGGAUCCAUGACGACGGCGAUCGAGGAGCUAAACAGCGCCAUCAAUCUCAUCGGUGGGGGCGGCGACAAGAAGUUUAAGGUGGUGAGAAACUCUUAUCUCCUUCACCAGGGAGCGGCGCCACCGCCGCCACCUCCGCCGCCGCCACCACCUUCUUUCUUUGCCUCUUCCCCGCUUCCGGGAGGUGCUAGCGGCGCGAAGACGAUCCGUUCGAAGAGGAGCAAGCUCCCCAAGCGCGACCACAGCAAAGGAUUUGGAUUUAGAGAGGCGAGGAGGAUGAUCAAGAGGCCGGCCAGCGCUCUUCUCUUGGUUUUUCUCUGCCUGGUGAUGCUCUUCUUCCCGAUCAAAGUCGGGAUCCAAGGGCUGGGGAGCUCCCAGAGUUUUGGAGGAUCAUCACCCGCGACGCAGAGGUGGUCGAUGAUGAGUUCUCGCGAUCACGAGCGAUGGCCUUCUACUUAUGCUUCGAGAAUACACGGGAUGGAGAUUCCACGCUUUACCCGCGGUGGUGUGGAGGGAUCCAGCAUCCCGGGCCGGGGUACCAGCGUGGGCAGUGAGAAAAAAGACGAAGGCUCGAGCGCUUCUUCUCCGAGCAGCAAGGUUAAUGACUCUACGAACACAGCGAAAGUUGCUGCUACUGGUGAAGACGCUCCAUUCAUGCAGCAGUGGGACAACUCGGUCUUUACGGCUGGAAAGUGCACCCAAGUCUUCCAGUUUCGAUCCAGCUCCGAGGGGAAUGUAGCAGGGUCCCGCGUGAUCCGGAAGAAACAGCUCAACGAUCGUCCGGGACCCGGGAUCCAACUCACCAAGAACAAAGUCGCGCCUCCUCCUCCGAUGGUGGUCUCGGUUUUGCCAAAGAAAUCCAUGUCGGGGCCUACAGGUGGCGAAGUUUUCGUCGUGGUGGCCAUCGACGGGGGAAAGAUCAACGGCAACAGUGAUCGUAUAUCGGGGUCUAUGAUUUCUUCGUCUGGGGAUUGUGGUCACCAGCAAGGUUCUCGCAGGUCCCACGAAGUGGCUGGGUUUUUUGGUUUGGGUGGAAGUUUGGAUUCAAGGGGAAUCAGGAAAAGUGGCGAAGAAACACGGAAGCGUGGAUCUCAAAGGCGUGUGUAG